AUGUCUGCCGUUGACGUCGAGGACGAUUAUAACAUCCAGGAGGCGUGGGAAAGGGCUUGUGGGGCAUUUGCGCAGACGACCAAGGUCGAUCUCACUACGUCUCCGCAGUUCACCGUCGACGAGGUCCUGGACCAGAUUCGGAUCAAGCAAGAUGAAGGCGACGAAAAAAACAAAAAGUUCAAGACUGCCAAGGAUGUAAUAGGCAAGACACUGACAUUGAUCACCGUCCUUGGGGGUAUAGCGGCUCAAGGUGCUAGCAUGGUCUUCGCACCUAGUAGCCUUUGCUUCAAUGCGGUGUCGUAUCUGAUUGCCACCGGGGCUAAAUACAAGCGCAUUUUCAGUAGUCUAGCUGAGCUCUUCCGACGGAUCUCCGAUGUAUUGGAGCGCUGCAAGAUCUAUAUGCGCUUACCAGCAGAUGCCGUGGACAUUUCCCUUCGCAAGAUCAUUAACGAGGAGUUGGGGUCAGCGGCCAAUUGGAUCGUCUGGCUUUGCUGGUGGAACGUGAAUCUGAGAUGCGAGCAACUCUGGGAUUUGAGUCACAGAAGACCAGCGAAAGAGCGGUCAUCGAAACCCGAGAUGGAACUCAGAAGGUCAAUGCCUCGGUUGACAAGCUGCUCACCUUCGAGAGGAAGAGAGACGCGGACAAUGCGGCGCAGCGGCUCCUAA